AGCAGCAUCCCAGUGGGUCCCCCGAGAGUUCGCAAUGUCUGACACCAAAGCUGCGUCCGUGCCGAAGCCAACUGCUCCUCUGGAACCACUCCACGACGUAGUCCCCACCUGGAACCACUACUGGAACUUAACUCACUUGCACAUGUGGCCAACGGGUGGCGAUUUAAUCUGGUUCCCUUCCAUGUGGGGGAUGUUGAUGAUCGCUGUGCAUGCACUGGUUCACGCCAUUGCUUGCACGUUCGCUCACAGCGCCGGAUGCAUAUGGAAUGACAUAUGUGAUCGCAACUUUGACCGCCAGAUCGAACGGAGCAAGACACGGCCUAUUGCUUGCGGGUUGAUAUCAGUACCUGCUGCGCUGCUUUGGUUGGAAGUCCAUGCCCUGGGCUACUUCACAGCCUUGUCAUAUUUCGGUCGUAGCACCGUGCUGCUAGGCGUUCUGGUCUUUUUCACGGUGGCACUUGCAUAUCCUCUGUCCAAGCGCUUCACGGACUGGCCGCAAGUAAUCCUUGGUAUCAACUGCGCUUGUUGCACACUCAUCGCAUGGUAUGCAGUCAAUCAUACCAUUGACUGGACAGUCGUCGGGCCUCUUUCGCUGGGUAUGACAUGCUGGGCCGUCCACUUCGACACCAUCUACGCAUCCUCCGACAAGAAGUACGACAAGCUGAUCGGCGUGCGCUCGUGCGCCCUCCUCUUCGGCGACUACGUCCGGCCCAUCCUGUCCCUCUUCUGCACGGGCUUCGUCGCGUGUCUAGCGUACGCUGGUUACGUCAAUCGACAGGGACCGUUGUACUACGUGUUCACUGUCGGGUCCACCGCGUUGGGCCUGCUUUGGCAGCUGGUGACGACGUUGGAUUACGCGAAGGAUGGGAUGACGCUGUUCAAGGCAAACACCAUCAUUGGGUACGUUUCCGUGGGCGGGUUGCUGGCUGACUAUACAUACAAAGUCGUGUUGCGGAUUUAACGCUGUGGAACGGCGGACCGGUAGAUUCCUGCGUUCCCAUUGCUUGGAUGAUAAGCCAUAUUAUUGCUAGAUAUAUCAUUUGUCAAGCUUAGUACAGUCUCUCAUUUCAUGCAGAACCAUCCGAAUGUAUAGAAUCGAUAGAUAUAGAUAUUAUUCGAGCAGAUGGUAGCGAGGUGUCGUGAUUAUGGGAGGCCAUACUUAGAAACUGUGCACAAUCGCGAACGACACAGGGAGCAGCCAUAGCACUAACCAGUCCGAGUCCCACGGAGGCGGGAUGUGAAAUGCUCCCGCGAUGCGACGGAGCGGUGGGUAGAAUCGCAAUCGCGAUCGGAAGAACGUUUUCCCUCCGUUUGAUACCCGGUUCGCGUUCGAAUCCAAACCAAUGAGCUCCCGCCACCCUCUGCCACCACCGGCAUGUCC